AUGGCCGGGGCGGCGGCGGCGGGCGGGGAGCGGCGGGCGGCGCUGACGGCGGUGCGGACCGAGGGCGCGGGGACCCCCGGCCCCGGCAGCGGGACCCCCCCGCCGCCGCCCCCUCCCCGCCGCCGGGGGCUGCUGGCGGGGCCGCGCCCCGGGGCCGCCCCCCGCCCCGCCGGGGCCCCGCGGUGCUGCCGCCGCCGCCUGCAGAACUGCCUGUACAACGUGCUGGAGCGGCCCCGCGGCUGGGCGUUCAUCUACCACGUCUUCAUAUUCCUCCUCGUCUUCAGCUGCCUGGUGCUGUCGGUCUUCUCCACCAUCCAGGAGCACCAGAAGCUGGCCAACGAGUGCCUCUUCAUCCUGGAAUUCGUGAUGAUCGUGGUGUUCGGCAUGGAGUACAUCGUCCGCGUCUGGGCCGCCGGCUGCUGCUGCCGCUACCGCGGCUGGCGCGGGCGCUUCCGCUUCGCCAGGAAACCCUUCUGCGUGAUAGACUUCAUCGUCUUCAUCGCCUCGGUGGCCGUCAUCGCCGCGGGCACGCAGGGCAACAUCUUCGCCACGUCGGCGCUGCGCAGCAUGCGCUUCCUGCAGAUCCUGCGCAUGGUGCGCAUGGACCGCCGCGGCGGCACCUGGAAGCUGCUGGGCUCCGUCGUCUACGCCCACAGCAAGGAGCUCAUCACCGCCUGGUACAUCGGCUUCCUCGUGCUCAUCUUCGCCUCCUUCCUCGUCUACCUGGCCGAGAAGGACGCCAACGUCCAGUUCGCCACCUACGCCGAUUCCCUGUGGUGGGGCACGGUGACCCUGACCACCAUCGGCUACGGGGACAAAGCGCCGCAGACGUGGCUGGGCCGGAUGCUGGCGGCCGGAUUCGCCCUGCUCGGCAUCUCCUUCUUCGCCCUGCCCGCCGGGAUCCUGGGCUCCGGCUUCGCCCUCAAAGUGCAGGAGCAGCACCGGCAGAAGCACUUUGAGAAGAGGCGGACCCCGGCAGCCAACCUGAUCCAGGCUGCCUGGCGCCUGUACUCCACGGAUGCCAGCCGGGGGUACCUGACGGCCACGUGGUGUUACUACGACAGCCUCCUGCCCGCCUUCAGAGAGCUGGUCCUUAUAUUUGAGCAUUUGCACCGGGUCCGCAACGGAGGAUUUAGGAAUUCAGAGGUGAAAAAAUGGCCUGACAGAGCCCCACCACCCUACCACUGCUUCACCCCUGCCCAGAAAACCUUCAGCCUGGCCGUGUGCUCAGGGGAAAGCAGCAAGAUGGGCAUCAAGGAGCGGAUGCGGCUGAGCAGCUCGCAGCGCCAGGGCAGCCGCGGCCGGCAGCAGCACCUGGGGCCGCCCCUGCACCGCUCCCCCAGCCCCGAGGACGUGGCCGAGGCCUCCAGCCCCAGCAAGGUGCAGAAAAGCUGGAGCUUCAACGACCGCACCCGGUUCCGAGCAUCCCUGAGGCUCAAGCCGCGCACCCCGACUGAGGCCGACUGCCCGCCGGAGGACAGCGGCGAGGAGAGGAGCUCCCCCUGCGACCUGACCUUCGAGGACAUCAUGCCGGCAGUGAAGACCCUCAUCCGGGCUGUCAGGAUCCUGAAGUUCCUGGUGGCCAAGAGGAAGUUCAAGGAGACCUUGCGUCCCUACGAUGUCAAGGAUGUCAUCGAGCAGUACUCGGCGGGACACCUGGACAUGCUGGGCAGGAUCAAGAGCCUGCAGACACGCGUGGACCAGAUCGUGGGCAGGGACCGGGCGCUCCCCGCGGACAAGAAGGUUCGGGAGAAGGGCGAGAAGCCGGCGCUGGAGGCGGAGCUGGACGAGCUCAGCAUGAUGGGGCGCGUGGUCAAGGUGGAGCGGCAGGUGCAAUCCAUCGAGCACAAGCUGGACCUGCUGCUCGGCCUCUACUCGCAGUGCCUCCGCAAGGGCUCCAGCAACUCCUUCAGCCUGGCCGCGGGCCGGGCGCCGCCCGGAGAGCCCGACAGCACCUCGGACUACCACAGCCCCGCGGAGCACGAGGACAUCUCCGCCUCCGCCCAGACCCUCAGCUCCUCCAGGUCUGCCAGCGCCAACAUGGACUGAGCAGGAGGCAGCGGGAUGGGCGCUGCCCGCCGGGAUGGGGCGCUGGGGUGGCGUGGUGCUGUCCCCUCGCUGUCCCCUCGCUGUCCCCUCGCCGUGUGUUACUUGAACCGAGUCUUCCUCUGAGGGGGCACGGCUGCAGCGGGGUGGCUGUGGCACUGUGGCAUGGCCAGCCCAGGCUCCUGGGACAUUCCUGGGCUGUUCCUGGGAUGUUCCCGAGAUGUUCCUGGGAUGUUUCUGAGAUGUUCCUGGGACAUUCCUGGGAUGCUCCUGAGAUGUUCCUGGGAUGUUCCUGGGAUGUUCCUGGGAUGCUCCUGGGCAUGAUUCUGGGAUAUUCCUGAGAUGCUCCAGGGACAUUCCUGGAACACUCCUGGGAUGUUCCUGGGGAGCUCCUGGAAUAUUCCUGGGGAGCUCCUGGGAUGUUCCUGAGAUGCUCCUGAGGAUGCUCCUGGGAUGUUUCUGGCUUCCUGUAGGAUGACACCUCCCCAGUUCCAGGGUCCUGGGUGCUCCCCAGCUGUGGUGGGGAUGCUCUGGGCUGGCCCCAUCCCCUGGGGUUUGGGUUGAACCCCAUCCCCAGCCCUCAGGACAGAUCCUGCCUGGUCCCCCAGAGCUGAGCCGGGGCCACCACCAGCUAUGCAAGGUCCCACCUCCCUCUUGCUGCCAGAGCAGGGGUGUGGGGGCACGACCCAGGGUGGUUUUACCCACGUCACUCGGGGUCCCCAGUGUGGGGAGCUGGGGACUGUCCCCCCUCCCCAGGCUGCACCUCUCCAGAAGCACAGCAGAGCCUUCUGCCUGCCCGUGCAUGCUCCCAGGGCAAUACAUAUAUAGAAGAUAUAGAUAUAUAUAUAUAUGUAUUUAUGCAAUAAUGUCUUAAUAUGCAACACCCCUGGGAAGAGCAACCCGAGGGGCCAUAGGCAAUAAGCAACUCCCUGCCAGCUCCCAGGGCUGGGCUGUGCUGCCCAGGAGGGCCCUGGAGGCCCUGAGGGCUCAGGGCCGGGGGGAAAUCUCCACCCGAGGGUGGCCCUGGAGCCAGGAAGCUGAGCAGGGGCUGUGGGGACAGGCGCUGUCCCCAAGGAGUGUCCCUCCCCCGGUGUCCCAACCCCUGCUUAGAGGAUUCCCUCCCUGCUGGGUCCUGCGGUGCUCAGUUUGUCCCUGCCCGUGUCCCUGUCCCCUCUGCGGUCCGGGGAGCACGGGCCGGGCCUGGAGGGGACCUGCCACAGGGUGGUGUCCUUGCAUGUCACCUUCAGCAGAGCCACCACGGCUGCCCCGGUGCCCUGCGCUGCUCCCCAGCCCAGCAACACCGCGGCCGUGCCAAAGCGCCGGGCGGGGGCUGCACCCGGGGGGGCUCGGUGGUCACCCCACAGUGCCAGGACCUGCCCUGGGCUGCUCCCCCCGCUGCCAGCGCCGCCCCUCUCUGGGGUGGCACCGUGGGAUUCGCACCCCUUCUCCCCUGCUCCGGGCGCUGGGGGCUGCCCACCCUGCUCGUCCCGUUAGUGCAUGUGGCCAGCGCGGGCUGCCAGAGCUUUUCGAACCCCCCCAACCCUGCUCUGCCCUCGCCCCGGGGGUGCCCGGGCCGUGCGACACCAGGGGACAGCGCUGGGAGGGUGGCCGUGGGGCGAGGUGCAUGCGACAGCUUUGCCCGCAGCCGCACGCAGGAAUUAACCCUUAGAACCCCCGUCCCGGGGCUGGCUGGUCCCCGCAGACCCCCCCGAGCCAGCGGUAGUUACCUCACUUGAUUAACUUAUUAACUUAUUUGUUUCAUUAAAAUUUGGAGUAGAGGCUGCCCGCCUGCUGCCGUCUGUCACCCGGCGCUCCCGAGAGGUGGCACUCCAGCCCUGCCACCGAGCCGCGGCCGGGGGACACAAAUGUCCUGCAGGGGACACAAAUGUCCGGGCUCCUCCCUGACCCCUAGAGCUGCAGAAAGCCACCGAGACGGGACUGAGAGCCCAGCUCCGGCUCGCUCGCCCUCCCCCGCGGCUGCUUUUUGGCACCUUGCGGGGAAGGGUCGCUGCCCCGGGAAGGGCUGUGCCCCCCCUGCCUGUUUGGUGUGUCCCCCCCCCAAAUGGCGGCGAC